AUGUUUAGGUACAUGUUAUUACCAAUUUAUUCACUUUGUAAUUUAAAUACAGUCAGUUGGGGAACUCGUGAGAAUAAUACAGUUUCUGGAGAGAUUUCGAUGGGUUGUGGGAAUUUCUGUCGAAUUGUUUGUUGUGUUCAAAAUUCUGAAAAUUCCCAAGAACCUUUAGAAGUUCGCCGUCUUGGAGAAGGACUUAAAAUUAUUGAAAAGAAAUUGGAUAGUCUUGAUAGAAGAAGUAAAAAUGAAAAUAUUAAAACCGAAAAUGAAAGGGAAGAAGAAAAUAAAAAGGAAGAAGAAAAAGUUAAGGAAAUGGACUUUAAAAGAUGGAUUGAAUUAAAACCUUUUAAUAGUUUUGAACCUGCUGUAUUAAAUCCAGAUGAAGAAUCUUUUUGGCAGGAAAUGAUUGAUAAAUAUUUGAAACCUAUUUAUUCAGAUUCUCAAGAACAAGGUUACUACUGGGCACUUUAUUUGUAA